GUGUCAGCACUGAGCUGCGCACAUCGCGUUUCACAGUGUGCUGCAUGCAGAACGCAUUCACUCCCUGAAGGGAUCGGCUGGGGUUUCAUAUUUCAUCUCCCUUGUAUGCUACACCCGGAUUCCAGUCGCUUUCUGGCUUCAUUGCUGGAUGUACCCGGAGCACAGGUCCUUCCUCAUAUCUAGCAGUGAGAGACAAUUCAAGGGAGGAGACCAUGAAGACAUCAAUUUUAUUUUUGCUUUGUCUCUUGGCUUUCCCAGGCUUUUCCCAGGGCAGGGUUGUCAGAGUGGAUGAACCUGGCUUUGCUGAAUGCAAUGGAUUCUUUUACGGAGAAACCCCCCCAGAAGGAUUUACCGAGCCUUUCCACGUGAAAAUCUGUCAGCGGUACAAUAAAGAGCCUCGCUUUGCAACGCUCUACAGCACGGAAGACAAAACCCCUCUCUAUUCUGCUUUUAAAUACACAAAACCAGCCCAAAGUAGAGAAGAGAGCUGGUUGGUGGAGCCACAGAUAGAUGAUGCUGAAAGUGACUUGGAUGAAAUGAAGCAUGAAGGUGAUAUUGGUGGCUCAGUGAACAACCUUGGAGCAAACCAAGCCCUGGCCUCAGACUAUGCAGACUCUGGUUAUGAGAGAGGGCAGCUAAACCCCAGUUCCCUCAAUGAAGAUGAUUUCCAGAUAGCUACCUACACACUAACGAAUGCUGUCCCCAUGACCCCAUCUGCGAGCAAAAACUGGCAUAGGGAUGUCAAGAAUAUAAUAGAGCAAGCUUUGGCCCCACACUGUGAAAAUAAAGAUAGCCUGUAUCUUAUUGCAGGCUCUGUUCCUUCCAAAGUCAGAGUUAAAGACAAGAUUUCGGUCCCACAACUUCUCUGGCUGGCAGCAUGCUGCAGUGCUUCAGAGACGUGGUCGGUGGGGUUAGUGAAACAAAUGAAUGAUGAAAGUCACAUGGAAGAGCUAGCCAUAGGAGAACUGGAGAAGCAGUUUCCAACAGAAGUUAAUUUGUUUAAGAGCAACUGUGGGGAAGGAAAGCAAAGCCAGGGGAAAAUGGAGGCCAUAUUGCAAACCAUAAACCAGCUCCAGUCCACAGAGCCAAUAUUGCCAGCUGUGACCACUUUUGGCUACUCAGCCAGCACACCUGGUCCAGACCAGACAGCUGAAGAGGAGCAGGGAGAAGGAAGCCUGCUAAAAAGAGUUGCUGGACUCAUUGCUCUCCCUUUCACCAAGCUUUUGCGAAUUGUUUUCUCCAUUGUUAGGGAGGUGGUGAGAUACACUUUUUAUUUUCUGUGGUAUGUUGUCAAGCAGUUCAGCAACAUCAUAGUGGGAGGAUUCUCCAGCCUAUGGAACGGAGCGAUGGCCUACAUCAAAGAAAUCAGUCUGGUGCUGCUGAAUAUUCCCAGAGAUAUGGGUCAGGUUGCAGCCAAUAUCAUCAAGGGCUUUGCUCGGAUAGUCUAUCACGUAGUGAGCCUCACCUGCAGAAUUCUGAGCAUCCCUGUUAGGCUUUUCCUCCAUAUUGCUUCUUUUCCCUAUUAUACGCUUGGUGCCAUUCCUGUUGUCAUCAAAGACAUCACUGUUGGAAUUGGCAGCACUUUCUCGUUGAUCAUCGAUGCCACAGCUGCCCUCUUGAGUGGUUCUACUUCUCUGGCUACUCACAUAGUCAAAAGGAUUAUCCCUAAAGUCUCUUCUGAUGACUGAUAGGGAGAGAAACCAGAACUGUGAAGAUGCACGAUGAAAGAAGAGUUGGGCAAUGCUUUACCAUAUGUGGCCAAACGCUGUCAAUUCUUUUUGGGUAUUUAUUGUAGUGACAUUAAUAAUAAGGAACCAAAUGGGUGUAAUGGGGGUGGGGCUGGCCAUGUAACUCCAAAAGGGGAUGCCAUGGCACAUUAAGUACCGCUUAUUGUAAAGUGUUCAGGUUUUUGACUGGGGUGACAAAUCCAGUGACUGCCAUGAGACACACUCUGAAUGUGGUACCAAGAUAUUUCAUCACUACUAAGAUAAGAAAAUGCUGAUGGCUGUUUACUGGCAGUGAUGCCAGGACUCAGCAGAACCAUGUGCCUGGUGGUGAGGGGAGAUAAGGGAAACGUUACAUUUGCAAAGGCCUUUCUAAAACCAGGAGGAGGGAAGGAGGCUAUGUUGUUAAUAACCUUACAUGUAGGUUAUUGACUCAGGAAGAAAAACCAUGGGACUGAAUUCUGCCUUAGUUGCAUCAUUGGUUUCAUUGGGGUAAUAAGGCAGAAUUUGCUCCAGCAAGUUUAGCUUGUUGCUCUCAAUCUGUACCUUUUUAUGAACACUGAGAUGGUAUGUAUCUUCAAGUAUGCCUAUACAGAGCAAUGCCAUGCCUGCAGAGAUACCCCAGCUAGCUCAGCAUGAGCUUACUCAGGUACUGGCAGCAGUUAUGGCCAUGUUAGCAUGGCUCUCUGCCUAGGUUAAUAGAAUUUACAUCUUGGCUGGGCUAAAUAGUCUAAGCAGAGCUCUGCACUAAUGUCACUAUACUGCUUCUAGUACCCCAGGUAGCAUGUUCUGCGUCAGCUCAGGUAUCUCUACACAACACUGUAAUGCUGUGUAGACAAACCCUCAAUGAAAGAAAAUCAGAGUUGCCAGUUCCUCUGCUUGGUGAAAGCAUAAUUACCACUCCCUCCUAACUGCACUUUUUGCUCACCACUGCAACCAAACAAGACUUUAUUUAGUAGAGGCAUGAUCCAAAGCCUAGUGAAGUGAAUCAGAGUCUUUGGAUCACACCCUCUAGCACAGUCAAAGCCUGUAAUUGCCUCUAAUUAGAGUUGAAAGUCUUCAAAAUACAUACCACAGUGCUGGCUCCUCUGAAAAUUUCUGGAAGAUGGGAUAGAUUUUGGAGAUAGGAAAGAUUUUGCUACCCUAAUUAAUACUGAGCCAUACCUCACUUUGCUGGGAUCCCCAUUGUUGACAGUGAGGCUACCUGCAGAAUAAGGUAUGAACAGCCUGAGCAAGGGUGGGAGAAUCUGGCUCUAAGAAAGUUGGAUGCCACCUACCAA